AGUUGCAGUCAGUUGGUUCCAGCCUCUUCCACAUAUCGGUGCUGCAGUGUCUCGGUGCCUCAGUCUCUGACCUUCCACAGGGACCAUGCAGGCAUUUCUUCCCAGCAGGUCAUACCUGACCCCAGUCAGGGACGAGGAAGCGGAGUCUCAGAGGAAAGCAAAGUCCCGUCAUGCCAGACAGACCCGAAGGUCAACACAGGGAGUGACUCUGACUGACCUGAAAGAGGCUCAGAAAAGCAACAUCCUGUCUCCUCAAAACAGUCGGAAGGCGGAAGGAGGCCCUCUGGCUGAAUUGAGUUGCCUGAAGAACGGCUUGACGGACGACAGGAGAGUCAGAAGUGUCUCGAUGGAGACAACGGAAACAGCGGAGAUCAGUCCCAAAUGGCCCGAUGGUCCCAAAUGGAGCAAAAUGGACGAGCAGGGGAACGUUGAACGCAGGUUAGAAACCAUCGCCGACUCUCCGAUGUCAGACCUUCCGUGUUCGUGUGUUGCUGGAUCCCGUGGGCUGCUUCACUGCAACAACGCCUUCACAGCUGGUGCGAUAUGCCGGAGGGAUGAAAAUCAGAACCGCGUUGAAGAUGAAGCUCCGCUGACCUUUGAAACAAGACAGCGACUCUUCUGUGAUGGAGAGCAUGACAGAUUGUCAAGAUAUGACUCCAGUGGGGAGAGUGCAACGGACAAACCGCUGGGCCGCGCCGGCUCUUACACCCGCAGGGAGACCAGGCUGGCUGCCCUGAGCAAAGAGGAGCAAGACUCCUCCAGCAAAGACUAUAAGAAGAUGUACGCGGAGGCUUUGCAUGAGAACGAGAAGCUAAAGUCCAGGCUGCAGGACAGCAAACACGAACUGGUGAAGAUCCGCUCUCAGCUGGACAAAGUCACGCAGAGGCACGACAGACUAUCAGAGAGAUCUACAGUCCUUGAGUCUGAGAAAAGGGAAAAACAAGCUCUUGAUAAAAAAGUGUCAAACAUGGAGGAUGAGUUGAAGGCCUUCCCCGCUCUGGCUCAGGUCCAGACCUUGCGGCGGGUAAACGAGUGUCUCCUGGCUGAGAACAGAGCGAUGCUGCGCGCCCUCGCCCGCCUCUCCGAGACGGCCUCCAUGCCGGAGACGGAGGACCUCUGACCCUCUGAUGUCACCUGUCCUCCCUCUCCCCUCCACCCCCCCCUCUUCACUUCUCAGACACAACUUCUGCACUCCCUUCUUCUUCUGGUGCCUCGUCCUCUGCUGUGUUCCUCUCAGGCAGGUCUUAACAGAGCUCAAGUCAGACAACCAGAGGCUCAAGGACGAGAACGGGGCUCUCAUUCGAGUCAUCAGCAAACUGUCUAAAUGAAAAGAUGUCUGACGCUCCUGUUCGCCCCCCCCGACCCCCCCGAAGGCGAAGGUGCCGCCAUCCACGGCGCCCCGGGUUGUGACCGUGUCCCCGAGUCACACGCUGUGGGUGAAGAGCUUCAGCGUGUGAUGAUGGAGUUAAAACACAUGUGUCUGCGUGAUUAGUUUUUUCCACAUUAACCAGAUAGGGACCAGCUGUGCCGUUUGAAUGACCCGUCGAAGCAGAAUUCCCACCGCGGGUUCGCAGGAAGGUGUUUGUAACAUUAUAACCGCACACCACAUUGAGUUUGUUGCUGCAUCGACCACUGCGUAAAUGUAUUUUAAUGUUUUCAAAAGAGGAGGGAAGUCAAGGGGCCCGAAAGGCCACUUUGGCAUGAAGAUCAGAUUGUCAAAUGAUGAAUGAGAUCAGGGCCGGGCUGUAAGGUCCUAGUAUGAACAUUCACACCGGCUAAAAUGUAUUUUGUUUAACAUAUAUCUAAACUGUUGUGUAAAGUAAAUUAUUUUGAAAAUGUUUGCGCUUAAUUUAAGAUGUUACGUCUUAGUGAGAUGCAUACUUUGAUGUUGUUGCCUGGAUUGAUAACUUUUACUGGUCAUGUGACAACGCCUCUUGAAUCACAAUUCAACUCCAGCUUCUGUUAAAAAUAACCCAAAACGUCCUUUUAGCAAACUAACUGGUUUGUUACAUCUUCAAGGAUAUUUCAAUAAAACAAUGAACUUUUGUGAUCAAGUCCCCACCGCAUUUGAUACAGUCAUCCGACCAAAUGGUAUGAGUUGCUUUACUGGUUUUACUUUGCAUGAUUCAGACUACUUGAAAACAGCAGAAAGACUUCGUCAUUUCUUCUGUAAUACUGAUUUAUUUAUUUAUUUAAGUCUUUGCACCAUGUGUACUAAAUUUGUUUAUACGGUACUGAAAGAUUUCUCUCUGUCUCUCAAAAUCUUCCACUGGUGGAGGCGCUGAGAACCUCGGCCUCCACGACAUAGUUUGAUUAAUAACAAUCCCACGUUCUGAGGAGGAACCUGUUUCAUUACAUGUGCUGUGGACAGAUUGCAACGGGUUGAGUUUCUAUAUUCUCACCAUAGAUUACCUUUAAUUUAAGGGUUUAACUACUGCCUAAAUACAGUUGCCAUUUUAUUACUGCAGGUAUACUGUACCUGCAGCCCUGGUCAUUGAAGACAUUAUUACUGGUGCAACUGCAUUAUAGUAAAUUCCACUAAAUGUUUGAAAAAUGUUAACUGAACGAUUAAAACCCAGAAAGAGGCCGCUGCCUGAGUGUCGCUUUAUUCACCAGUAUCACUGGUUCAAACAGUUUGUCAUUCAUCAUAUUCAAGGUAUGAACCCUUGUUUGAUGUAGUCCGUUCCCAAUGUGAUGGUUCCAUUCUGUAACAUCGAUGUCAUCUUCGAUCACAUCCAGCAAUUCACAAAUGAGGCUCAUUUGGCAUUUUCCACACAUGCUGUAGAUAUAAUGGACUAGGUGGAAAACAUUUGGGAUGUAUUGAUGCCUAAUAUGCACACACACCGGUUUACACACUUUGCUUAAUAAACUGUAACGGGACGGA